AUGGCCUCUCGCGAAGGGAUUAAUCCCUUGCGGCCGUACUAUAUCCCUCAGUCGGGACUGUCGCCCGCUACGAAUGCGACUAAAGAGGUGCCGGCGCCGUCGCCCUCGUCCGCUCAGGUGUUUGGGAGCUCCGCGCGCGACCUCAUCCCGGAUAUCGACUACUCAGAUUAUCUCGACUCCUCGCCCUCGGUGUCAGAUUGGUGCCGAGAAGCCAUAAACAACUCUCUCAUCCGCUAUGCCCAGGUCUUGAUUGCACAACCCCUCGAUGUUGCAAAGACGAUUCUGCAGGUGUAUGUCGUAUCUGAUAACGCAGAGGAGGACCGGAGGUCGACUCCGGGACCUGGAAGCAGCACAUACGACUCGGAGUCAGACUCAUCUGAUGAUGAGAGUUCCUAUUUCACUGCCGCCGCCCCUGCCACACCUAGCCCGAGCACACCGCGAUCCCGAAAGGCCCGGCAACGCAUCACAGACCGCAGUGGCUAUAUUCGUGCAGACGGUACCUCGUCAACGUCCAAACAUGCCUUGACUAUUAAAAAUCCGACAUCCUUAAUGGAUGUGCUUUCUCAACUCUGGACUACUAAUGGGCCGAGCUCCCCCUGGAAGUCGUCCAACGCCACAUUCAUCUAUUCAUUGCUCCUCCCCUCUUUGAAUACCUUCAUCCGCAGCCUUCUUUCUGCGAUCAUCGGCUUUCCAGAGGAGGACAUUGCCUCGUCCAUGACUGCCGAUAUUUUGACAGCACCCUCGCCUCUUGCCACGCUCGUGCUGUCAUUCGUUUCCUCAUCGCUCUCUGCGCUCAUUCUCUCUCCCAUCGAUACUGCUCGCACCCUUUUGAUGCUGACUCCUGCAACACAUGGUCCACGCUCCCUGAUCCGGGCCAUCCGUCAGCUUCCUACUCCCAACUCUACUAUCCCACCCCACCUCGUCCCGAUCACCGUUCUCCACUCCAGUCUCCCCAACUUUAUUACCACCUCGACCCCUCUCAUCCUAAAAUCAUACCUAUCUAUUGAUCCUCUUCUCAACCCAUCAAUGUGGAGCCUUUUUACUUUCCUGGGCUCCGGUCUCGAACUUGCGGUGAAAUUUCCUCUUGAGACUGUUCUGCGCCGCGCCCAGAUCGCUACCUACACCUCUAUCAGUCUGCGCCAAAAGUCCUCCGGUGGUAGCAUCAAUGCGGCAUCUAUUGAUGCUGCUGAUGUCGAGACUAUUGUUCCUACUCCCCGCACUUACCGCGGUAUCAUAGGUACGAUGUGGCACAUCGUCCACGAAGAAGGUGUCAGCACCUCUCCUUCUGAUGCUGAGCGUGCUCGUACUGUUCUCGGUAAGCCCGUGUCCCAGAAAGAGGUCCAGAAGCGGCAGCAGGGCCAGGGUAUCCAGGGCCUCUACCGCGGCUGGCGGAUGGGUAUGUGGGGCAUCGCUGGUAUGUGGGGCGCCAAUGUCCUCGGCGGAUUGGCUGGUGGUUACGAAGAAGAAGUUACCAUGCGAGGCGGUCAUGGACGCUCCAGCGGUGGUCGAUUCUAG